AUGCCUCAUUUAACUGACUGUACUUAUGACAAGGUACAAACACACUUGGAAAAUCAGUCCAGAUACCACAUACAGCAAAGCCAGAGGCACCAGGUGAAGCAGUACCUGACCCUCGAUACCAAGCUGUCCAGCCAGACGCUUUCCCUGUCCCACUCCCACACAAUCCAGCCCGUGGGAGUGACCUCCAUUUUAAGAAACGGACACAUGCCUCCCGUCAGCGAUAUUGGCACACCAGAAAGCCCCGUUACCAAGCUGCUGGCCCUUGGAGGAGAACACGAAAAUGCGAUGGAAGAGGUGAUUGAAGACAUAAUCAAUAUGGAAUCAAGCUUUAAUGAUGAAGGGAUAGGUUGUUCUGAAACUCCUUUACUAAUGCAAAGAACU